CUCUCGCGUUCUGGUCUCGGCACCGGUCGGGUCUUACGGUGGGGAGAGAAUCGAAGCUCGUUCGUUCGUCCACACGCGGCCAACACUCUCUCUCCCUCUCGACGGUACGCCCCCCUGUUCCACGAGAGUGGCAGAUCCGUCGAGGUGGGUGUUCUUGCCGUGAUUCUAUCUCUGAUGAAUACUGAUGGCUGGCAUUUCUAGUCGUCGCCCGUCCUUCUCGUUCUGCCUCGCUUCGCUGUGCUGGACCAGGCGACAGUCUCAGCCUCAGCCUCAGUCCCGAUCGUCGGUUAUUUACCGAGAGAGGAAGAAGAGAAAACAAUAAGAAGAGGAAGACCGUCGAUCGAUCGAUAACUGGCUUGAAGAAGUGGAAGCACGGCUCUCAAGAUGGCUCACUACAACUCCCAGGCGGCCUACCCCUCCGUCCCCCAGCACCACCACCAGCACUACGCACAUGCCUCGCAGCAGCAGGCCCUCGCUCCGCCCGAAGAGCGUCAUCACCAGCAGCAGCUGCGACGGAUGGCGAGCUACGACGCAGGCGACGAUGCUGCCGCCCUGGCGGAAACCGCCGCGAGCCACCGGCACGCCCACGUCUACAACGACCGCUACUCGCACGCCUCCUCGGCCACCCCCUCGGCGCCGAGCAGGGCCUCCUCGCAGGCAGCAGUCACAGCAGCAGCAGCAGCAGCAGCAGCAAGGCUCCUCGUACAACCCGCAGCAGUACGCCCCGCAGCCGGCGCUGGCCUAUAAUCCGCUCGCCUACAAUCAGAAUCAGGGCCAGAAUCAAACUGCGCUGCCUCACCAGUAUAACCCGGCCGCCUACCAUGCGGCCGCGAGUGUGCCCCGACAGUCGCCCUACGCGUCGCCAACGCUGCCAUAUCAUCAACAGGCGUCGUAUCCUGUGGCGCAGUACGCCUAUGCCCCGCCAUUGGGGAGCCCCAGGGCCACAUCCUCAUCCGCUCCGUUGAACUACAAUACCCCCUCGACUGCGUUCAACUCGACCGUCGGCCGGACCUACUCGCAGACCUCGGCGGGCUCUUCGCCGUAUCUGCCACAGACACCACAGCGGUCCGAGUUUGGCGGUCUGUCCCCGUACGAGGAACAAACGCAACAGGAGCAGCAACAACAACAACAACAACAACAACAACAACAGUAUUCGCAGCGGCCUCCCGACCCUCCAUCUCACGAUGAUCAUUUGUACGGUAAGAGAACGGGCUCUGGACGCUCUUUACCCACACCGCCGAUUGUCGCCUCGCCGCAGUCCCCGCACCGUACCGAUACCCUCACGCGACACCCGCAGUCGCGUCCCCUCCCGGGUCCCCCCAUCGAUGCCCAGAAUACCGUUCCGUCACUCACCACCGGGGUGAAUGGGACGGGUGGUCUGCGUCAUCGGACGGCGGAGGAGGAACAGCUGGGCUACGACGAGCUGAUGCGCGAGGUCGAGGCCGCAGUCAUGGACGGCAGUCGUCGGUCGCCCUCCUCGGCAGCGAUGACCGCUCGGCGGCAUAGCUCGCGUGCCUCCCGCCUUGGCAGACCAGAUACCAUUCAGGAGACGGCCGAGACGCUGUCGGGACGGGGACAGCAGCCGCGCCUGUCGCCGGACGAGCGACACACCCAUACGAACGGGAACAUGGCGACGGGCACAGGCCAGUACGUCAACUACGACGCCCACAGUGACGACAGCGAUGCCGAGGCCGUUGCCGGCCUGGCCAUGUUGCAGAUGGCGGAGGAGGAGGAGCGUGCCCAGGCGGACCGCCUGCGAGAGCGUGUCCGCAGCGGCACCAACGCCUCCAUCAUCAGCGCGUACGCUUCGCCCAACUCGGGCGAUGAACUGUACAAUGGCGAGGACCAUGACCGUCACAGCAGCGACGGUGAUUACACCGGUCACGACCUCGCUCUGUACGGUGGCGGAUACCCCGGCUACCUGCAUUACGGCGAUGAGCAAGAAUUUUCUAUCGAUCAGUACAUGGACGAUGAAGUGGAGCAGGAUGAGCAGCAUGGUCUUGCUCCGCUUCCGCCGCUUCCCAUAAAAUUGGAGGGGCAAGAAGGGGAGGUGGAGGAGGAGGAGGAGGAGGAGGAGUACUCUCGGGGCGACGAUCGUCUGCCUCGGUAUUCCAUGGAGGCACGGGUCGACGAACGCGGUACAGGUGGCUUAUCCGAGCCUACCGCGCAUGGCCGACGUUUGAGCUUUGAUUUUGGCGACGAGGGCGAGACCCCCGUGUCGCAGGAGGGUGUCGAGGGUGUGGACGAGGACGGCCAUGGUGGCGAGCCCGGGGAUCUUUUCUUCCAUCCGGGCAUGCGGCCAUUACCCCCAGCACCGGUAGAGCCUGCUAGCAAUAACGCUGAGCUUAGAUCGAACUUGAUGCCGGCGGGUACCUACCGACCUCAUGAGCAGCAGCAGCAGCAGCAGUCGCAGUCGCAGUCGCAGUCUAGGGCUGCGCAGUAUCCAUACCCUUCCUUGUACCGUGGUGCUGCGGACGACGGCUUGUCUGGAUCAGCCGUGCCCAGCUCUUCCACGGCCGUUCCACGGUCAUCGUCUCUAUCGAGUCAUCCUAGUGGACCACGUGCUGAUCCUCCCAUCAGAUCCAAGACCGACGCGGACCGCGCAAAGUACAAGCUGCAGCUGGAUAUGCUGCGUGAACACCAGCCGCAACCCCCUUCGCCGCAUCUGCACCAACGGCCUCGCACUGAACAUGGCCAGGACUCGCCCCAAAACCGGCACCAACAUCAACAGGCGUUUGGAUUUGAUGCGGGCCCGGCCAUCGCUCUCGAUCUACCGGCCAUCCCCCCCGGCCGGCGCAAGAAGUUCAACCCGGCCAAGCUGUCGUCCGAGCAGUUUAAGAAGUGUAGCGAGCCGUGGGCGCUGAGCUCAAUUCUGGCGUGGGUCAAGGACCUGAGCGAGGACGAGACGGAUCUCAAGGAGCAGGCGAUCGUGGACGCCAUCGUCGCCCUUUUCACGCACAAGGUGCCCACGAUGAACAUGGCCGACGCGGAGACGCUGGCGGCGCGCGUCGUGCGCACCAUGAGCGCCGAGCAGGCGCUCGUGCAGGACGAGGAAUGGGUCAAGUUCGGCCCGGGCGAAAUGUCCGGCGUGCUCUUCCAGCUGACGGGACGCGGUUGCUACUCGUCGCGGCUGCAUGGACUGCCCACGGAGGACCCUGCGGCGACGGGAGGCAGCCAGCUGGGCCGCUGCUACGCGCAUCACUGCAUGCGCACGCUCAAGAAGGUCAACCUCCGGGCGCAGCCUGUGGCCGAGACGCAGCGCAACGCCGAGGACUGGGUCACCUUCUACCGGGUGACCAAGGAGAUGCUCGAGUCGUACCCGAAGAAGGAGAUCGACCGGCAGAACAACCUGCACGAGAUCAUCGUCACCGAGGACUCGUACAUGGCGCAGCUGGACGUGCUGCGCGAGCUGUACCGCGACCAGCUGGCCGUGAUGCAGCCGGCGGUGGUCGCGCCGCCCAAACGGCUGGUCAAGUUCCUGGCGGAUGUCUUUGGCAAAGUCGACGCCGUGAAGAAGGUCAACGAGGAGUUCCUGCUGGCGCAGCUCAAAUACCGCCAAAAGGAGCAGGGGCCCUGGAUCGUCGGCUUCAGCGACAUCUUCCGCGAGUGGGUGCGCAAGGCCAAGUCCGUGUACAUCGACUACGCCGCCACUUUCCCGCAGGCCAACUUCCUGGUGCGUCAGGAAGCGGAGCGCAACCUGGCCUUCCGCCAGUUCCUCAACACGGCGCGCGAUCACCGCCUAUCAAACCGGCUCAGCUGGGACACCUACCUGAAGGCGCCCAUCACACGUAUCCAGCGGUACGUCCUGCUGCUGCACACGGUGCACAAGAACAUGCUCAAGGAGUCCGAGGAGAAGAGCAACUUGGGCCAGGCGAUCGAGGAGAUCAAGCUCGUCGCGUCCGACUGCGACAGCAAGGUGGGCGAGAUGGGCAAGAAGGUCGACCUGAUGGAACUGGCCGCCAAGUUGCAGUUGCGCCCGGAGAUGAAGAAGGAGGUCGAGCUCAACCUCGAACACCUGGGCCGCGAGAUCAUCUUCCGCGGCGACCUGCUGCGGCCGGGCACCCGCACCCGGCUCAGCAUCGUCGACACCCAUGCCAUCCUCUUCGACCACUACCUCGUGCUGGCCAAGAGCUCGACCGUCAAGGAUCCGACCCGCACGGUCAAGUACGAGACGUACGACGUUUCCAAGCUGCCGAUCCCUAUGGACCUGCUCGUGCUCGAGAGCACCACCGACGACCCGGUCUCCAAGUCGUCGCUGACGCCCGCCAACGUGCUCGAGUCGUCCAAGGAUGACAAGAUCCUGUACCCGUUCCGCAUCAAGCAUCUCGGCAAGACAGGCACCUACGCUCUCUACGCCCCCUCCGCCCAGAACCGCCAGGAGUGGUGCGACAAGAUCACCGAGGCCAAGACCAAGCACGCCGCCGCCCUCUACGCCCAGAACGCCGAGCCCUUCCGUCUGCGCGUCCUCGCCGACACGGCCUUUGCCACCACCGAUCAGUCCUCCUUUGUCGCCCCGGCCUCAGCUGUCGCGGGCGCCGCCGGUGCCGCAGGCGGCCCUCGCACCGUCACCAUCAAGGGCACCCCGCUCGACCGCGCCAUCCGCGAGGUCGAGGCGCGCCAUGCGGCCACUGCCCGGCCGCUGCCCGUUUGCCGCAGCGCCGUCCACUGCGCGACGGUCUUCCGCCAGCCCUCGGGCCGGAUGAUGUGUGCCGUUGGCACCGAUAAUGGGGUCUACCUGUCUGACUACAAUGAUCCGCGGGGAUGGACGAGAGCAAUUACGAUUUACAAGGUCACACAGAUGGCCGUGUUUGAAGAGUUCAACCUGUUCCUGCUGGUCGCAGAUAAGUCGCUAAUCGCACACCAUCUGGAUGCGGCGUGCCCGCCAAACGGGGUGACGGCGCAGGCGGCGAACGCGUCGGCGCGCAAGGCGCCGCAGAAGCUGUCCGGCAACCGGGAAGUUGGGUUCUUUGCGGCCGGGAAGAUGAAGGACCGCACGCUGGUGAUCUACAAGAAGCGGGACGGGCUGUCGUCGACGUUCAAGAUCCUGGAGCCCGUGCUGCAGCGCACGACGGCGAACCGGGCGCGCUUCUUCCCCUCGCGGCGCGGGCAGACGGAGUUCUUCCGCGAGUACGACGAGUUCUACAUCCCCGCGGAGAGCUACAGCAUCAACCUGUUCCACUCGUCGCUGGCCAUCUCGACGCAGCGCGGCGUCGAAGUCCUCACCAUCGACAAGAAGCAGCCCUGGUCGGUGCCGCACCUGCGCUCCGAAACCCCCGAAGCCCAGGCGUACCUGAACAGCAUCGCGCAACGGAUCAAGGACCUCCGCCCGCUGGGCAUGUUCCGCCUCAGCGACUCCGAGUUCCUCGUCACCUACGCCGAAUGCGCCGUCUACGUCAACAACCUGGGCGACGUCUCGCGCAGCGUGGUCAUGGAGUUUGUCGGCCACGCCCACGCCGCCACCCUGCACGGCCGCUUCCUCAUCCUCUUCAACGAGGACUUUGUCGAGGUCCGCAACGCCAUCAACGGCCGCCUCCGCCAGGUCAUCCCCGGCCACAACGUCGUCUGUCUGGAUGACGGCACCUCCCUGCCGGGCUCCGCCUCUACCCCGUCCCCUUCUUCCCCUGGCACCCUCAAUCUCGCCUCCGGUCUGGCUUCUUCGUCUUCCUCCAAUGGCGCCGCCGUUCCCUCGGGCCGCACAGUCAAGAUCUGUAUGCAGCAUCCGGAUUAUGAGCGCAGCCAGUUGGUUCUCGAGUUGAUUGAAAACGAGGGCAUGGAGGAUUAGCUUUUCUUCUCUUCUUCUCUUCUUUCCUAUCCUUCUCUCUUCUUCUCUUCUUCCCUUCUAAUUCCUGUUUCUUUCCUUGUUUUGCUUUUCUCGGUCAUAUACCCUGUCUAUCAUAUUACGGACGUACAUUACGGUG